AUGUCAGAGAGGGUACUGAAUGUCAGUGAAGAUGAGUUGGUAUCGCCAGCAGCUUCUCCAGAAGAGAUACUUUGGAGACAGGAUGUUGCUCAGACUGCCCGUAGCUGCAAGUUGACUCGAGCGGCACAGCAACAUCUGGAGGUGAACACGGUCACCCAGCUGCUUAGAAAUGCAAUCUCCGAGGCUUGCGAUUUGCCUAUGGGGCAGCCCCAAUCGCAAAUAGAUACUUUACAUGAUAGAGUCACCGCUCUCUUCGUCAGCGAGGAGCGGGGAGUUGCAGGGCGACGAAAGGGAAGGCGUAGAGGACAAAAUAAGAGGGGUAACAGACGGUACCUCUACGCCCGUACCCAGGAUAUUUACAAAAAAGAGCCAGGCAUUCUUGCCAAGCACGUCCGUAACAACGUGGACUGGCUGGAGGAACCAGGGGUAAAAGCUCCAGCCCAAGACGUGCGGGACCUGUACAAAAAGCUUUGGGGCACAAAUCCGUCGGAAGUACAGGUGCCCUUCCUGGGAGAGCCCUCCGAACCGGCACUUGGGUUAGGUACUGUGCUAACCGCCGUGACGGCGAAAGAGGUGAAUACGCGUCUCUCUCGGAUGAAAAUGUCCACAGCACCGGGUCCCGAUGGUAUUAAAAAGGGAGACAUUAAACGCGUUCCUGGUGCAAACGAAGUCCUCCAGUUAUUUUUCAAUUUAAUCAUGAUAAGCGGUAAGAUUCCUACCGCCUGGAGGAAGAACCGAACUACUUUGAUCCCUAAAGAGGGUAAGGACGGUAUGUUAGCUGAAAACUACCGUCCAAUUACAAUCUCUUCUUUAAUGUCGAGAAUUUACUUUGGCAUUAUUGACAGCAAACUUAGGGCAAAAGCACGGUUCUCACCCAGACAAAAGGGCUUCAUGAACGAAUCUGGGUGCUUCAACAACAUCCACAUCCUCAAUGAGCUGCUGAGGCACUCAAAAGCCAAGAAUGGCCUGGUCGUAACGCAGCUGGACGUGUCCAAAGCAUUUGAUACCGUGCCGCACCAAGCUAUAGGACACGCGUUACGUCGCAAAGGUUUUCCCGAACAGGUGGUACGUAUCGUGGAAAAUGCAUAUGAGGAUGUUACCACUAUUAUAGAACUGAAUCAGGCGCCAAUCGAGAUACGCCUCCAGCGGGGGGUCAAGCAAGGUGACCCCCUCAGCCCAUUACUAUUUAAUCUAGUUUUGGAGCCCUUGCUAGUUAAGCUGGAAACGAGACCUGGGUACAGAAUCGACACAGAGACGCAGAUAUCGUCCUUAGCAUUUGCCGACGAUCUGCUCCUAGUCGCGCAAACAGUACCACAUGCUAAGGACCAGUUAAGUAGCACGGAAGCAUACCUAUCGAGUCUAGGUAUGAAGAUUGCUGCCAAUAAAUGCCGCACCUUCCGUGUAAACCGUACCAAAGACUCCUGGUACUUAACUGACCCAGGCCUCGAACUCGACAGUGGAGAAGUGAUACCGGUAGCGGGGGCCGGCGAUCACCUUGUCUACCUUGGAUGCAAGUUGUCUCCCUGGGUUGGGGUCACAACCGAGGGCAUACGAGCCGACCUUGCUUCAACUCUUAGUCGUGUGCAACGACUGAAGUUGAAACCGCAUCAAAAGGUAGACUUAAUCUCUACUUACAUUGUUCCUCAUUACCUGUAUCAGUUGUCCAUAGCGAUGCCGGCUAUGACACAGAUAAAACUGAUGGACCAGGAGCUACGGGUAGUGGUGAAGAAUAUUCUUCACCUGCCGCAGGCAACAACGAACGCCUUACUAUACUGCGUUCGUGGACAACCCGACCCGGCAAUGCAAGCUCUUGCCACGGGCACUAAGCUCGAGAGUAGAGUGAGGCGACUCGCUCUCGAUGCCCGGAUAGCUUGGCCAGUUACUGGGGAGCAACUGGCCAGCUAUACUAGAACGCAAAAGAAGGCUGAGCUUGCCAGAUGGAAGCGCCUUGGUUCUCAAGGAAAGUCGGCAGCGGCCUUCGCCGACUCCAAGAUCGGAAACGCAUGGCUUAGGGACCCCUCGUUGCUCAAGCCAUGUCGUAUGAUUACAGCCCUCAAGAUGAGAACCAACUCAUGUGCUGACAGGGCGGCCAUGAGCAGAGCGACCAGAAUACCGGAUCCUACAUGCAGGCAAUGUGGUUCGCAAAUUGAGACAUUGGGACACAUAUUGGGGCAAUGUCGUCACACGAAACCACAUAGGAUUCGAAGGCACGAUGAGAUCAAAAACCUCAUCGUGGAAGAACUUAAAAAGAAAGGCCCAGAGGUGGCAAUAACGGUUGAACCGACGGUGGCGGCAACCGGAGGCGGGAAUCUCAAACCUGACCUGGUAAUACAAAGCCGGGGAAGGGUCUUCGUGGUCGAUGUUACAGUCCGCCACGAAGACGGGAAUAAUCUCGCUCAAGGGUUUACAAGCAAAGUAGAAAAAUAUAGCCGCUUGCUACCUCAAUUCCAGCAGAGGUGGGCAGCUUGCUCUGCUGAAGUCCUACCAGUCGUGGUAGGAACAAGAGGGGCGAUGCCCAGGGAGACCAUCAAAAAUCUAACUAAGUUAGGAAUCUCUCAAAAUCACGUGCUUUUAACAAUGUCGUUAAUAGCACUUCGUAGUUCCAUCGAAAUAUACCAUGAAUUCAUGGACUACGACGCCCCUCGGACGCGCCGCGGCGCGCAACACCCCACAGGUGAUUCAGCAACUUGUGGGAAAAAACUUCUGGCCAUUUUAGCCCUACUGCACUUUAUUUUAAUUGUGGCGUCUGAUUUUAUGCUUUGA